AUGCAACCAGACGCACAGAAUGCGACUACAAGUCCAAGGGGCCCUCUCGAAUGGGGCCAGAUCAACUUCCUCCAUACUACAGACACGCACGGAUGGCUAGAGGGACACAUCAAAGAAAAGAACUAUGGUGCCGAUUGGGGCGACUAUGUCAGCUUCACAAAGCAAAUGAAGAAAAAAGCUCACAAGCUGGGCGUGGAUCUCUUGCUAGUUGACACAGGGGACUUGCAUGAUGGCGCUGGCCUAAGCGAUGCAACAUCUCCAAACGGCAUCGUCUCCAAUGUCAUCUUCGAGAAUAUCGACUACGACCUAUUGACCAUUGGCAACCAUGAGCUCUACGUUUCCGAGAUCGCCUAUGAAACAUUCAACAAUUUCUCAAAGGUUUAUGGAGACAAGUAUCUUACUAGCAAUGUGCAGAUCAAGAAUCCAGUGACGCAACAGUUCGAAUAUGUUGGAGCAAAGUACCGUUACUUCACUACUAAGCAAGGUCUGCGAAUUAUGGCUUUUGGCGUAUUGUUUGACUUCACAGGCAACAGCAAUGUAUCGAAAGUCAUCAAGGCAGCCGACAUGGUCCAACAGCCUUGGUUUAAUCAAGCCGUCAAUUACACCAAGCCAAUUGACUUGUUUGUACUCAUCGGUCACAACCCCGUGCGGACAACCGUUUCCAGCAGUACAAUUGGUACCGUUUUCAAGGCCAUUCGCAGCAUCAAGCCAGACAUUCCCAUUCAGGCCUUCGGUGGCCAUACUCACAUUCGUGACUUCGUGGUCUACGAUAACAAAGCCACCGGGCUUGAGUCUGGCCGUUAUUGCGAAACCCUUGGCUGGCUAGCCAUAUCUGGUAUCGAAUCGUCUACAUGUAAAGCAGAGCAAAAACCCAAAGGGGUCCCGCAUCCAACUCAGAGUGCAACACCAGUGAAAAGCACAGGAACCGUUUCAGCAAGCGUACACUUGCCUUCCUCGACAUCGCCCUCUACUCUUCGCUAUGCUCGACGAUACCUCGAUUGGAACCGACUUACCUUCGCAUACCAUGCCGUAGGCAGUCAACGCUACACCUCCUUCGACGAAGCCAGGGGCCAUCGAGUAACCUCCGAAAUUACCUCUGAACGUUCCAGGCUCAAUUUGACCAGCCUGUAUGGUUGUUCCCCAGAGACAUACUGUCAGUACUGCAAGCCGUUCCUAGCUGAAGGCAACAUCUUCAAGCUCUUGCAGACUGCGCUUGCUACUGUUGUCGUGAACGAAACACGCAAGGACGUGCCACGACUCAUCAUCAUCAACACUGGCAGCAUCCGCUUCGACCUCGCAAAGGGUCCAUUUACAUACGAUGACUCCUUCAUCGUUUCACCCUUCGACGAUGCCUUCCAGUUCAUCCCCAACGUCCCAUACGAGCAAGCGUCAAAGGUACUCAGCAUCUUAAAUGCAGGCGCCUUCCAAAGAAAGAAACGAGAUCUCGAAACAACCGACUUCAAUUUCAGCCCCGUGCUAGCUGAUCGAGACACUUGCAUCGAUCCACCGCUGACCCACCACUACGAUGGACUUACCCGCCGGUCAAAGCAAGGCGGCCGCCUCAUCCGACGCCAAUCUACCGCCCCCACGCCAGGAUAUACCACAAGCGACGACUUCGGCACAGACGGCGACGACACGAUUCACUCGCGCAUCCCCAAUUUCUCACAGCCGAACGAUCUUCAGGCCAACGCUUCGUUCCCGGUUGAUGGAUCUGUGCCCAAGACUGUCGAUCUUGUCUUCCUCGACUUUAUCGCGAGUUAUAUUGUCAAUGCGCUGAAUAGGCCUGAUGUUGGUGGAGCGUACUCGCUGAGCCAGGUGUCGUACUAUAUGGACAAACAUUUCACGACUAAUAGCUACUUGCCGGCGUAUGCGAAGAUCGCUUGGCAGGCGAAUGUACCGAAUUGUCCUGUUGGCGAGGGAAUCGGUACGUCGUAG